AUGUCAUCUAACCUUGCCUUCACGAGCAAAAGUGUAUUUGAAUUUACCAUAUUAAAUCCAUCGAAACUUAGUAAACCACUUUACACGCCACCGUUUGCCACGGCCAAUCACAUGUUUUGGCAGCUAAGAUUUGACCCGAAGUUCAUCGAGGGAAAUGACGAAUAUUGUUCUGUAUUCUUGGGUGCAAUUCCCAGUCCACAAGAAGCUGACAAUACAACAGCGGCUUGGGCUAAAAGAUCAUUACUAUCGGCUAGACUUUUUCUCAAAAACCCAAUAUCACACGUUGAAAUUGACAAGUAUUCGAUGACAAUGAAUAAUUAUUCGGCAAAGGAACAUACUUGGGGACGUCGUAAAUUCUGCAAAAAAUCAGCGUUGUCGCAUGAUUCAGUGAUACUUGGAGUGGAAUUUGACAAAGCCGAAAUAGGUCUUUCUAGGCACACAGCUACCUUACCCGGUGAAAUUAUACCGAAAGAUUUAUUGGAAGCUUGGCAAUCGCAAUUAACGGAGCCUCAAAUUGCCGAUGUUGAAUUUAACGUUGAUGGCCAUACAAUUUAUGCUAAUAGUGCUAUUCUUGCCAAGCGAUCGGAAUAUUUUCAACGAAUGUUUGGUGGAAAAUGGUCAGAAUCAACAGCGACGUCUUCACUUUCAAAAAUUAAUGAUUCACAAACUAGUGAAACUCCUUCUUCUUCCACCAUAGUUCAUUUUGGUCAGGAGAGUGCACGUAUAAUGGCCAUAGCGGCUCACGACGUCACUGAUUUCCACUACACAACAUUCUUGGAAAUGUUGAAAUUCUUAUAUACGAAUAAAGUCACCUUUAACAAUGCAGCCGACUCGCAUACAAGCUCAUUGGAGAUGUUUCGUGUUGCUGACAAAUAUCUCAUUGAAGAUCUUCGACAACGAGCGAAAACAAGAAUCUUUGAUGAACUAAGUAUCUCGAAUGCAGCCGAGACUUUGUUUGGUACGGAUUGGAGUUAUCCCGAACUCAAGGAUUAUAUAUUGAAAUUUUUGGUUAAGCAUUUCCGGGAGGUUAGGCAAACUGAAGGAUUCAAAAAUAUCACGGCAAAUUCAGCAGCGUAUCCGACUUUUCACGAAACAAUCACUGAAAUCUUUGAAUUGUUGGAGCCAAAUUCGAACGUUGUUAACCUUGAUUUGUGA